GAACGCUCUCCUCGCAACUCCGAAGCAGCAGCCAAACCUGCUACUGCUACAAGCCAACAAACCAAGGUCCGCCCCUAACAAGCAGUUCCCAAAGCUACAACUUGAGCACACACAUAAGCAAAGCCAUGGCAAAGGCACAGGCAAUGGCCGCGCUGAUGCUGACCGUCUUGGUGGUCCUGGCGGCGUCUGCCGAGAUGGCGCACGGCGUCUGCAACCUGUCGAGCGCCGGCAUCCGGGCGUGCCAGCCGGCGGCAGCCAUCCGCAACCCGACGGAGCAGCCGUCGGCCGAGUGCUGCGCCGCGCUGGCGGGGGCCGACCUGGCGUGCCUGUGCCGGUACAAGAACGCCGCCGGCGUGUGGGUGAGGUUCUACCGGAUCGACAUCAACCGCGCCAUGGGGCUGCCGGGCAAGUGCGGCCUCGCCAUGCCAGCCAACUGCUGAGGCAUGGUCACCGUGCGUCACUGGCUCAUCCACAAUAAUGCAAUGCAACUGCUGAUGCCGCGCGCGCGUGCUGCGUGCGUAUUCUACUGCUAUAUAUAGCUACGACAUCUAUCGAAUAAAUGAAGGCGCACACAAAGAUAUGUGUGUGUCUCCUGUGCUUCUCCUGGGUGCACGUACUGCACUAUGUUGAGCUGUGGGUGAGCUUAUUGAUCAGUGCAGAAGUUUGUAUACAUUACUAUUCUCAAAGAUGUAUUACACAGUAAGUAUUAUGUUUUACAUGUCUCGUCUACUCCAAAGCUGGACGCAUUCAUGUACCUUACAGA